AUGGAUUGGGAUGUUCUAUGCUUUAAUGUGGCUACUUUGAUAGCCGGCGUCUUCGUCCUCGACUUUGGCGCAGACAAAUUCAUCGAGCACACGGUCAUCGUUGGACGGCGUCUGGGAGUCUCGCAGACGGUCGUCGCCCUCCUGACAGCGGGCGCCGAGUGGGAAGAGCUUGCCGUGGUGGUUGCGGCCGUCCUGCAGCACCGCAGCCCCCUGGCCCUGGGGAACAUCGCGGGCUCAGCCAUCUCCAACAUUGUCGGUGCCUUUUCUCUAGGGCUCCUUUUCUACCCCCAGGGGCUGGAAUUCGACCGCAGCGCAAAGAUAUACUCGGCCUUGCUGCUCGCAGUUACCACGCUCUUCGCUGUGCUGGCAUUCUUCAAGCUGCUCAACCGGCUCGUUGGCGGUAUCUUGAUUGCCAUAUUCGGCCUCUACCUCGUCUCUAUCAUCUACACCAUCUACAAGGGUGUAGUCUCGACCCCGGGGCUGUCUGAUAGCGAUAGUGACGGGGAUGAUGAUGGUGAUGGCGAUGACCCUCCGUCUGAGACCGCGCCUCUCAUCGAGAAUCGUGGGAAUGAACACGAGCAUGCGCGGUCAUCAAUUGACAAAGGCAGCAGACGAAGCAGAGGGCUUCCAUACCACAUAUUCCACCUUGUCCUGGGGUUCAUCUCGCUGUCUCUGUCCGGGUACAUCCUCUCCCACAGCGCCGUCACCAUCGCCGACUGCCUGCAUCUCUCGGGGACGGUCUUUGGCCUGACCGCCGUCUCGUUUGCUACGACGCUGCCAGAGAAGCUGGUUGCCGUCCUCAGCGGCUCCCGCGGCCACGGCGGCAUCAUGGCCGCGACAACGGCCGGGAGCAAUAUCUUCCUGCUCACGCUCUGCCUUGGUGUCGUUGCCGCAGCCGGAUACCAAGUGCUGGAGGAGGCCGACAGCUUUGUGCUGUUUGAGCUGCUGGCUGUGUGGGUGUCCUCUUUGGCAUUCUGCGCUGUCGUCUGGCUGGGCCUGGGGAGGAAUGCCGGGAUAGCGCUUUUGGCUGCGUAUCUCGGGUUUCUGUGCCUGGAGUUCACCAUCUACCGGCGGUGA